CGGGGCAAUUGUCAGCAACUAUCUUAUCAAUUCCUCGUAGAUGAAUUCAUGAAAUAUAAGCAUCCGUUUAAGAAGUUUUAGUUUAUUCCAAGUUAAAAACAUGAAUUCUGACGAUAAUAACAGCUGCAUUACAAAUGGAAAUGGAGAUAUCAAUUCAAGCAGCGGUUUCAACAUUCCACCGGGUGGAAUGCAUUAUGGUGACUAUCUUCAAUUGAAACAUCUGCUAAAUUGUCAAGAUCCCUUAUCAGGACGUUUAGAUGAAACUGUACACGAUGAGCAUCUGUUUAUAAUUACUCAUCAAGCUUAUGAAUUAUGGUUCAAGCAAAUUAUAUAUGAAUUGGAUUCAGUCAGAAAAUUAUUCUUUACAGAGGAAGUAAAUGAAGCAAAAAUGCUGAUCAUCACAUCUCGAUUAAAUAGGAUUGUGCUCAUAUUAAAGUUGCUUGUAGAACAAGUUACUAUAUUAGAAACCAUGACACCCUUGGAUUUUAUGGAGUUCAGAUGUUAUUUAUCUCCAGCCUCUGGCUUUCAAAGUCUACAGUUCAGAUUAAUUGAAAAUAAAUUGGGUGUGCGAAAUGAACAAAGAGUUAAUUACGGAAAAAAUAAUUACUUAAGAGUAUUUCAAGAAUCAGAAGCUAUUGAAGCUGUAAAGAAAUCGGAAAAUGAACUUUCUCUCUGUGAUUUAGUUCAAAGAUGGUUAGAAAGAACUCCUGGUUUAGAAGUAAAUGGUUUUAACUUUUGGGGAAAAUAUCAAAAAGUUGUUGAUAUAUUAUUAGAAAAUAUGAGAAAAAAUGCAGAGUCUGAGAAAGAUUCUGCCAAAAAAGAAUCUCUACUCGAUGAAUACAGACGGAAAAAGAAUUCCUUUGAUUCAAUAUUUGAUGUCAAUAAGCACAAUGCAUUGGUAACAAGAGGUGAAAGAAUAUUCUCACAUAAAGCCUUUCAAGGAGCCAUGAUGAUAUCCUUCUAUCGUGAUGAGCCAAGAUUUAAUCAACCCUAUCAUCUCCUGACUCUGUUAAUGGAUAUUGAUUCUUUAGUUACAAAAUGGAGAUAUAAUCAUGUUCAGAUGGUUCAACGAAUGAUUGGCACUCAACAAUUUGGCACUGGUGGAUCUUCGGGAUAUCAGUAUUUAAGAUCAACACUCAGUGAUCGCUAUAAAGUAUUCAUAGACUUGUUCAAUCUAUCCACAUUUUUAAUUCCACGAAACUGCAUUCCUGUUUUAUCUCCUGCUAUGAAACGUAGAUUGUCAAUGAUGAAAGAAGAUAGUAUUGAUGAAGAUUGUGAAGAUUUAGUAGAAUAUGACCAAUAGUUUUAAUAUAGUAUAGAAAUUUCCAUCAUCAUCAGAGAUAUUUUUUUGGUUUUCAUUGUAUUGUAUUGCAUUUGUUUUUUUCAUGAAUCAUACCAUGAUUCAUAUAAAUUAAAUGCAAUGCAUUUUAUUUUAUAAAAAAAAAAUUACUUAUUCAAAAUAAGUAUUUUAAAAUAAGAAUUCUAAAUUUCAAAAUAAGAAUUUUAAAGGUAGUUAGUUACUUACAGAUGUAUACAGGAUGAGUCAAAAGUCCCUUGCACUCUUUUCAUUCCAAAUGUACUGAAGAUAUAUUAAUUUUGUUAAUAUAGACACAUAGGUAGGCAUGCACAAA